UCAUAACUCCGAGUUCGGAUGCCAGAGUGGACAGCCGCUCAGCCUCUCACCAACGCCAUCUUACAUGUCAGAAUCGUUGUUCCAAUGGGCGACUAUUGGAGGGUCGGAGAUGGGAACCUUGGUAACUUGGUAUUUCUCAUCUCUGGCCUCGGCUGCUGCUCGAAAUGGCAGUGCCUACAAAAUGGGCCUCUUCUUACGUAUGGAUGUAUGCCCGUUCGUUCUGCAUAUAUUAGUGGGACCUGCUUAGCGUGGACAUGUCUGUCCUCCUAUACGUCGCUAUUUUCUACGCCUUGCGUGGGAUCCUAUUUUGGUUCUCUGUUGAAGUUGGUGCAAGUUGCACAUUGCCACCACUUGCUGUCUGUGCGGCUGAAAGUUGGAGAAUAUCAUUGAAGGCGAGAACAGGUUACUUUCUCCGAGUCUUCCACUCAGAGAUGCCUUCAUAUAGCUAUGACGUGAUUGCCAACGGCCUUGGUCGGUGUGCUGGCAUUUUGGCCCCCUGAUCGCUCCACCGGUUUGGAAGGCGGCGGAAGGUUGCUCGGAGCCUGCGAGGCUGCAAGCGUGGCUAUGUGCUUAUGUGGGUUGAUAUUUUCUCCUCUCGACUUUUUUUUUUUAUUUAUUUUCACCUUGCC